UUUUUAUAUUGUCAGUCUGUAUCUCUGUAUUGUCCUUUUGGUUAUUAAAUAGUAAUAUUAUUAUGUUUUGCUGUAGUACUAGUGCAGUAAUAGUUAAUUAGUUGAUUGUGAAUUUCAAAGUGAUACAUGUUUUCCGAACAUAAGUGCUUAUACGUCGUGUACAUCAUUUGAAAAACUCAAACCCUGGGAAGAGCCCAACACUGAAUUGGCCUGCGAUAAACUUGCAGCCCAAUUUUAAGAAUACAAGCUCUGUGUCUGUUAAUUAUAAAAUUAGAAGAAAAUGCCACGCUAUUUCAAAGUGGAAGAGGAUUACGACAACAACGCCGCAAGCACGCCGAGCCGACAUGUGCCAACGACGACGUCGACACCUAUCACCGCGAACGACCUCACCGCCAUGAUGUUGUUCCUGCAACAGUCGCAGGCAGAAAACUUUGAGCGCAUGCUAUCAAGAGUGCUUGAACUGCUCGAGUGUCGCUCGCCAUCUUCACAGCCCGCGCCGGCUCACGCCGCAUCUGGAACGUUCGCCUCGUGUAAAGCAACCUACAGCGGAGCGCCCACCGAGUUCCUCAACGGUUUUAUAGACGCUUUGGAGGCAUUUAAAGACAGCGCUAACGUAAGUGAUGCUAACGCCUUACGUGGUUUGUCGAUGUUACUCACACACGAUACAGCCACGUGGUGGCAGGGAGUUAAGUCCACGAUCACCUCGUGGACUAAUGCCCUUCAGCACCUCCGCAGCGUUUUCGGCAACAGCAGUCCUCCACAUAGGAUUUACAGAGAGUUAUUCUCGAAGCCGCAAAAACUCCGGGAGAGAAGUGAGCUGUACAUAGCCAAAGCACGCUCUCAUCUAGCGCGCCUCCCGCAUGAAGACCUCAGCGAGAAAGUACAACUCGACAUGGUUUACGGCCUACUUCAUGUUAGAGUGCGAGAACGUUUACGGAGAGAAGAAGUUGAUAAAUUUGAAACGCUACUAAGAAAAACACGUGAAAUAGAAGAGGUUGCUGAGAAAAAUACACGUGCCGCUGCGCCCGCGAGUGCUUACAAUCAGCGACAACGCGCGCCACCAACGUCUCCGCGCGCAUGUAUUGAUGCUUCAUACCAGCCGUCCACGACAUCAGCAAGCGCGACAGGCGUGACAACGCCGCCACGACCCGCCACGUGCGAUGAGCCGGGUGAAGUGAGAAGCAUUUGUGAGAGCAUUGGAAGCGAUGGCUCCAGUGCAACUGUGCAGGCUGGGGCCGCCAACCAGAGGCCCCGGAUGGAUAUUGCUUGUGUUCUUGACGUGAAUCAAUCAACAAAUCUUUCACACAGAAGAAGAGCACUUGAAGAAGUGCGUCUAGCUUCUGACCUUGUGAAUGCUAACCUGCACCAUAUUCAUUUUGAGAAACUUGACUUUGGUGAGACAAGCGUCCUCGACACAUUCUACAAUGCGGACGUUGCGCUGGUGGACCUCAGUCUGCAAGUGCAACAGAGUUCGUUGCUGUACCAUCUGGGAGUGCGCGAGAGUUUUGACAUGAAGGAAAAUGUGCUGCUGUUCAAUGAUAUUGAUCCAGACUCCACAUUGCGGCUAAAGAUGUCGCUGCCCAACUUCUUGUUUGUUUCGUACAAGUUGACCGACGCCGGCACUUGCGUGACGACCAACCCCGCGGCGGCUAAGUUCAAAGGCGAAGAAUCGGCCGACCCAAAGCAACAUCUGACGUUGAGGCUGAGAAACAUACUGCAAGAUGUCGAAGUUCAAACUAAAGCCCAUCUCCAAGAGAAAUUCCUGUCUGAUCUUCGCAAAGCACGCGAAAUAUACAGCGGGCAAGAACUAUCUAACGUCUUACACGCUAUGCGUCGACGCCUAGACGACCCGGCCGUGCUAUCCGGGGAUACGAUACUGAACAUGUUGAUAUCCUACCGGGAGAUACAGGAUUACGAUGCGAUUGUACAAGUCGUGGACGAUCUGAAAACGAUUAUGAACAGGAAGAAUUAUGUGAACAUGCCUAUAAUUAGGUUCAUGUACGCGUUCGCUAUGAAUAGGCGGAACAAAGAAGGCGACAGAGAGAACGCAUUGAAAGUAUGCGUCAAGGCGUUAGAAAAGAAGGAAAAUCGGUUCCCAGACAUGUUGUGCCUGUGUGGACGUAUCUACAAAGACAAGUUCGUUGAAUCUCAACAUCUAGACACGGAAAGCUUACAGAAUGCUAUACAUUGGUACAGACAAGGUUUUGAAGUGCAGCCAAAUGAAUAUGCAGGCAUUAAUUUGGCGACACUAUUAGUUAUAGCUGGGAACGACUUCAAAAAUUCACAAGAGCUGCAGCAUAUAGGUAUGGUCCUAAACCAUCUAAUAGGCAAGAAGGGCAGUCUAUCCUCACUGAAAGACUACUGGGAUGUGGCCACCUUCUUCGAGAUAUCAGUUCUAGCUCAGGACUACGUGAAAGCAAUACAGGCUGCCGAGGUUAUGUUCAAAUUGAAACCACCUAAUUGGUAUUUGAAGUCAACGAUAGGAAACAUCGAGCUGAUUGACCGGUUUAGAAAAAAAAGCGAAGAGACAUCCCCAGAACAGCAAGUGUUCUCAUUUUGGAUGGAAUUCUUCGUGGAAGCAACCAAAAGUUGUAGCGAGAACAUCAUCAGGUUUCCUGUGCUAAUAUUAGAAACGACUAAGGAAUACAUACCAUCGUACGUGAACGUCAAUAUGGGCGCCGAAGAGAAGUCGGUGGAGAUUCUGAACCUCUGCAUGGAUUCUAUGAGAGGCACGUGCCGCCAGGUGCACCGGUGGUUGUUUACCUCUGACAUGAUCAGGACUUACAGUUUAUACAAACGCGACGAGCGAUGCCUCUUCCUAUACGUGAGCGAGAACUCAGACGACUUCCAAAUAUUCCUCCCUUCCGAAGGGUGCAGGCAGCGACUUCACGAUUUGUUGGGGGAAAUGACCGCAGACCACGAGAAAGUCACCGAUUUGGACACCAGUGUCAUGCAGGAUCAGUUGAAGUUUGAAUACGAGUUGGACGAUUGCAACAAACGCGUGGUGCUUGGUAAAGGCACGUACGGCGUUGUAUACGCGGCCAGAGAUCUCAACACGCAAGUCCGUAUCGCAGUCAAGGAGAUUCCUGAGAAGAAUCUUGGUGAUGUCCAGCCUUUACAUGAGGAAAUCAUGCUGCAUUCACAGCUGAGGCACAGGAAUAUCGUUCAGUACCUUGGAUCAAUCUCUGAGAAUAACUACUUCAAGAUUUUCAUGGAGCAAGUGCCUGGAGGUUCUUUGUCCGCUCUUUUAAGGUCCAAAUGGGGUCCGUUGAAAGAAAACGAAGCCACAAUCGCUUAUUAUACCAAACAGAUCCUUGAAGGUCUAAAAUACCUCCACGACCAAAAAAUCGUCCACCGCGACAUAAAGGGCGACAACGUUCUCGUGAACACAUACAGUGGUGUGGUGAAGAUAUCCGACUUCGGGACGUCAAAGCGACUGGCCGGGCUGUGCCCUUCGACUGAAACAUUCGCGGGGACAUUGCAAUAUAUGGCCCCGGAGGUCAUAGAUAAGGGGCAGAGGGGGUACGGAGCGCCUGCUGACAUUUGGUCUUUGGGAUGCACCGUAGUAGAAAUGGCAACAGGCAACCCACCGUUCAUCGAAUUAGGAUCACCACAGGCGGCGUUGUUUAAGGUCGGAUACUAUAAAACGCACCCAGAGAUUCCAAAUGAGCUGUCGCAGAGAGCGAAAAAUUUCAUCUUACGCUGUUUCAUACCUGAACCGGAGCAGCGAGCUACCGCUGCUGAAUUGCUUGAAGACCCAUUUUUGUGCGAAAAGAAGAAGCAACCCAGUCGUCUCGGCAGUAGCAUGGACUACAGCCGGAGUAUAUCUGUCCCCGCCGACAAAGCCAGACCCCAGCUAGCUCAGAAGAAGAUAUCUGAGCCUUCUUUACCUGGAAACCUGCCUAGCUCCCCUGAGAUUGAGGUGAAAACGAUCCGGUCUAACCCGACGAUUACACGGACGGCUUCGUCGAUGCUCUCACCGAUACUGAUAUACCCACCGGACUUGUCUACUAGCAGUACUAUGCCAAAUACUCCGUCCACCGAUGAGAUGGAUAGUAGCGAUACUAUCCUCAACAGGCGGAGUUCUUCGGGAGGUCUGCUGUCACCUGAGGUGGACAUGACAAGCGUACCUCGUUCAUCAAUAGACGUAGAGCACGAUGGAUUUUAUCUAUUGAAAAAAGACUCACAACGCCGUCUCACUCUUUCACGAGUGUUGGAGCAGGACAGUGAAAAAAUCUGCUCAAAAUGGAUGUUGAGUGUACAACAGGACUUUGGUAACACUCUUCUUACGAUGCAUCACCUAGAAACCCUCCGCCUAGCGCUCAAGGACUACAUAAUGGACCAGAACAGAAGCGUCAUAGAACAAGCCAUCACAACCUUGAAGGAGGAACUGGACUUCGACUCCAAGGCCAUAAACGAGCUUCAUGCCGCCAUCUAUAUGUUCCAAGAGGCAGUGAAUGCGGUGCUGAGGAUGCACAGCAUAAAGCCCCAUUGGAUGUUUGCGCUGGAUAACUUAGUGAGAAAUGCUGUGCAAGCUGCUAUUACUGUGUUGUCGCCAGAGCUAGGCGCCAACUUGGCGGGACAAGAGUCUCGGCGCGGCGCCAACAGCGGCUGCGCGGCGGCCGACGUGGCCACUCCUUCAGCCGUGUCCACCGCCAACUCCCGCGACCACCAGCUACACCAGCUGCGCCAGGAGAACCACAAGUUACACCAAGAGCUGAUAGACAGCUAUCAGCAGUACCAGGCGUUGCUUAGACAAAUACUUGAAGAGCAGCGAAUGCAGACUCAAGUUAUGCGAGAUCUCGUGGACAGGAGGCCGAGGAGUGAAAGUCCUGCAGAGAUAGACGAGGAACAGUACAGCAUCCUCCGCGAGUGGGCGUGCCCUAGAGGCGUGCCCGACUCGGCGGCGCGCGCGCUCGCGGCGCACGAGUACACGCUCGGCGACCUGCUGGCGCACGCGCGGAGGGAGGACAUCGCCCGGCUCCAGCUCAAGUAAGUGGCGGUGUCUCAGGUCCAUCUUAAGUGAGUGACGGUAUAUCCUCAAGUGAGAGUCCCCAAGAGACAGGCGAAGAGCAGUACAACAUCCUCCGGGACGCCUUUAAGGCU